AUGGCCAUCACUACCGCUACCAAUAUGCACGACACUUCUUCAGUCAGCGAGAAGUGGGCGGAUGAUCAAGUUGAACGGUCAGUCAACGGUGACAAGCAUGUUGACGAAAAGCAUCAUGAUCCGAAUUGGACAGGAGACGGCAUCGACACCUCCGGUGUUGAUCCUGCAAAGACAUUACGCAAGAUUGACCUUCGUUUAAUUCCAAUGUUAGCUCUACUGUAUCUUCUGAGCUUUUUGGACCGUUCAAACAUCGGAAAUGCAAAAAUCCAAGGCAUGCAGACUGAUCUGGCUCUUACUGGACCUCAGUACAAUCUUUGCGCUACUGUCUUUUUCUUCACAUAUUGUGCUUUCGAAAUCCCCUCAAAUCUACUUCUCAAGUACUUCCGGCCAUCAAUUUGGUUGCCUGGUAUCAUGGUUGCUUGGGGAACAGUCAUGACGUUGAUGGGUCUAGUGAACAGCUACCACGGCCUUCUCAUCUCCCGGAUCUUCCUUGGUGUUGCAGAGGCUGGUCUGUAUCCGGGUUGCGCGUACUACCUCACAUCUUGGUAUGUGAGAGAAGAGCUAGCAUUCCGCCAAGGUCUAUUCUUCAGUGCUGCAAGCAUUGCAGGUUCCUUCUCAGGACUUCUAGCAUUUGCGAUUGCAAAGAUGGAUGGAGUAGGAAACCGAGCGGGUUGGCAAUGGAUCUUCAUCCUGGAAGGCUUGUUGACCGUUCUCGUCGCUUUCGCUGCAUUCUUUAUGCUCUACGACUUCCCAGAUACCGCCAGCUUCUUGACCGUUGAGGAAAAGGCUUGGGUUGUGCACCGCCUGAAGUACCAAGGCAGCAAGAAUGGAAAGCUUGUAGCUGAAAGUGACCAUUUUGAGUGGAAAUACGUUGUUCAAGCUGUUACUGAUUGGCAGCUGUAUCUGUCUCUUUUGAUGUACUGGGGAAUUGUUUGUCCUUUGUACUCGAUCUCACUCUUCCUGCCCAGCAUUAUCAAAGAAUUGGGCUACAUCUCCACCACCGCCCAACUCCUCACCAUCCCAAUCUACAUCACCGCUGCAAUUCUCACCAUCGUCGUCUGCUGGUUCUCCGACCGAGCAUCCAAGCAAGGCAAAUCCCGAUGGCCAUUUGUGUUCUUCCCAAUGUGUGCCAUCCUAAUCGGUUUUAUCAUGGCCAUCUCUGCCUCAGCCGUCGGCGGCGUUCCCGGUGUCGUGUACGCCGGCGUCUUCAUCGCGACAUGCGGUAUCUACCCAGCCUUCCCCAACAACAUCACCUGGAUCAGCAACAAUCUCGCAGGCAGCUACAAGCGUGCCGCGGGCAUGGCGUUCCAAAUCGGUGCGGGCAACCUGGGUGGUGCUAUGGCCAGCAACUUCUACCGCUCCAAGGACGCCCCCAAGUAUCUGCUCGGCCACGGCCUGGACAUCGGAUUCGUCGUCUUGGGCCUCAUUGCCGUCGUUACGCUCAGGAUCUCCUACGGCCGAAUAAACAGCAAUCGUGAGAAGAGCGGUGCUGCUGAGGGCCUGACCGAGAAGGAGCUUUCGGAUCUCGGUGACAGGAGCCCAGCGUUCAGAUAUACCCUGUAA